AUGGCACAGCCCGUGUCGGCUUUCCAGGCUGCCUACAUCUCCAUCGAAGUGCUGAUCGCCUUGGUGACGGUGCCGGGGAAUGUCCUGGUCAUCUGGGCUGUGAAGAUGAACCAGGCGCUGCGGGAUGCCACUUUCUGCUUCAUCGUCUCGCUGGCGGUGGCCGACGUGGCUGUGGGGUCUCUGGUCAUCCCUUUGGCCAUCGUCAUCAAUAUCGGACCGCAAACGGGGUUCUACAGCUGCCUCAUGAUGGCGUGUCCCGUCCUCAUCCUCACCGAGACCUCCGUCCUGGCGCUCCUGGCCAUCGCCGUGGAUCGGUACCUGAGGGUGAAGGUCCCGAUCAGGUACAAGAGCAUGGUGACACCCCGGCGAGCAGCAGUGGCCAUCGCUUGCUGUUGGAUCAUCUCCUUUCUGGUGGGACUCACCCCAAUGUUCGGUUGGAACAACUUGAACAAGGUGCGGAGGAUUCAGGAGCUGAACACCAGCCACUCAGACUUUAUCAUCAAGUGCCAAUUCGAGACGGUGAUCAGCAUGGAGUACAUGGUGUACUUCAACUUCUUCGUCUGGGUCCUGCCGCCCCUGCUGCUGAUGCUGUUUAUCUACCUGGAAGUCUUCAACCUCAUCCGCAAGCAGCUCAACAAGAAGGUCUCCUCCAGCUCCAACGACCCCCAGAAGUAUUACGGGAAGGAGCUGAAUAUCGCCAAGUCCCUCGCUCUGAUUCUCUUCCUCUUCGCUCUCAGCUGGCUCCCUCUGCACAUCCUCAACUGCAUCACCUUAUUCUGCCCAUCCUGCAGUACACCGCCCAUCCUCACCUACAUCGCCAUCUUCCUCACCCAUGGCAACUCGGCCAUGAACCCCAUCGUCUAUGCCUUCAGGAUCAAGAAGUUCCGGACAGCCUUCCUGCAGAUCUGGAACCAGUACUUCUGCUGCAAAACCAACAAAAAUGGCAGCAGCACCAUAGCUGAGACAGUCAACUAGGAGCUGGGGGAUCACUGCUGGUCCUGCUGCCGGGGAAGGGGGGAUGAGGACCCAGGAGGGCUGGGUUUGCCAUUCCCUGUGCAAUCUGAACAGCCCAGCCCCUGAGCUCCUCCAGGGGGUUAUUUAUUCACAAGCAUUGUACUGUUUUGAUAUUGUAGCCUGCACUGUUCCUUUCUUUUUAUUUGUUGGGAGGUUUUUUUGUUAUUGUUGUUGUUCUGUUUUUAUUUUUAAGUGUUGCCAAGUAUUUAAGGAGAUGUUGUACAGACUAAGACAUGGUUUAUCUUAAUGCAAAUAAAGUAAAAUGGUAAUAAACACC